AUGAAGAAGGUGAUGGCGGUCAUUGAGAGGGUCAGAAGAUGGUAAGCACAACACUGUUUAUUUGUGUGAAAGAUCAUAAAAGAUUACAUACACAAAGUUCAGCGACAGGGAGGCGUGGUUUGAGACAGAAUGACAGUGAAAGACCGAGAGCACAGCCAAUGAGAAUCACUGUGAAGCUUUCUCCCUCAAGACAAGUGGCUUUUCAACAAGAGGCGGAACCAAAAGUAGGACUUGAGUAAACCUAAUUAGCUAGCUUGCUAAUAAUGAAUGGACAGACAAGCUUGGAAGCAACUAUGCAGUGACAGUCAUGUAGUAAUCAAUAAGAUGCUAGCCAACAAUUGCCAGUGAGGUGUAUCCUCGCUAAUUUGUAGCAGCUUUCACUAAUAGCAUCUCACUCAAUGGAAGGGAUAUUUAAACAGGUGCACUUGACCCUGUAACCAUUUUUUAAUGAAAAGGAGCGCAAUCACAUUGUUUUCUACAGGGAAAAGAAAUGGGUGACUGUCGGAGACACAUCUUUGAGGAUAUUCAAAUGGGUGCCAGUGGUGGAUACAAAGGAAGCAAGUUAUUUUCUUGUUUAAUAAGAUAGCUAUGUCAGUUUCUUAUGUGUUGCUACCUACAAAUGCAGUGUCUGAAUUUGAUUUAUCUUGUAGAAGGAGAAGAGUAAGGCAGUCCCAGUUGGGGCAGUCAGGGAGCUGAAUCGCUUCUCCACGGAUCCAGCCUCAGAAAACCCACACUCAAGUCUUCUGGAUUUUCAUGGUAAGGAUGGAAAACCGUUUUGAGUGACAUAUGACCUCACCAUAUACUGGCCUUGAGCUUUCUCCAUUUCCUCAUAUUUCCUGUACUCUCUUACUCCCCAGAUGAGAACAGUAACCAGAGCUCCUUGUCUGAUGCGUACCAGCCCAAAGUGGACAGCAGCAGUAACUCCAGCCCCCAGCUCAGUGAACCUCUGAGCCCGAAGAACCUGUGUGACUUCCGCACAGAUGACUCCCAGCCCCCCACUUUGGGCCAGGAGAUCAUGGAGGGUGAGAUAGGCAGGCAGACAGACCGACAGAUGCACAUGCAAAUGUGCACACUUUCUCAAUUAUUAUUCUGAUUUCAAUAAGAUCAAAUAUAUCUUCUGAUUAUUUAGAGGUUAAGUAAAUAUCUAUUUAUUAUACUUUUUUGUUUUCAGAGCCAUCAUUGCCAAGUGAAUUGGCUGACGAACCUCCAUUGCUGAUUAAAGAGGACCUGUUGCCCCUCACUGCUCAGGUAAAGCACAUCUAACAUCUCAAUGAUCAUUCCACUUUGACACCACAGCUUUGUCACUCAACCGAUGUGCUUUCAAGACUGUUUAAUACACCACAUCAUAUACCAACAAUAUACUCAGAACAGUAUACAUUAAACUGAUAAAACAUGGAUUCAAACAAACCUGGCCGUAUUUCCCCACACAGGAGGAAGAGGAGUGUUCUGGAGCUCCACCACUGAAGAGAGUGUGUUUUGAGCAGAACUCAGUCCUGCAGAGCUCCCCCAUGAUGAGCUAACACACACUGCACUUAGCAUCAGGGUCGGGCCCAAUUCACUUCAGGCACUUUGUUGAAUCUCGUUUAGUAAUUUGGAAAAAUUAUCCAUUGUUUUCAAUGAGGACAUUUCUGGUUCACGAAUUGAACUCUCAACAAACUUCCUGAAUUUGAAAUGAUUUGAACCCAGCCCUGCUUAGCUUUUAGUCAGCGAGUUGCACGACCCUCAGUCUAUCCUCCGAUGACUGCAAUAGACACAUUUUAAGGAAAGACAUAUUUGGUUCAUUUAAGGACCACCAUACUUAUGAUGAUAUAUUGAAUUUAUUAAGUUUCUCCCUCAAAGGAUUUAUGAAUAUGUAGUUUAGAGUAUUUAGUUUGAAUGCAUUAACAACCAAAUACAAAAUCAAAGCACUCUCCUACAGCACUCUCCUACAGCACUCUCCCACAGCACUCUCC